CUUAUAAAAAUUAAAGAAGAAGAAAGCUGUUUUGUUUUGUUUAUUCUACUGAAACAUGGCGGACGAGCAGUUACCUGCAGGUUGGGAAAAACGUCUUAGCCGAUCAACCGGCCAACAUUAUUAUUUGAAUAUAUAUACCAAGGAGUCUCAAUGGGAUGCCCCUGACAAACCGGCAGAACCUGUUUCUUCAAGUGGGCCUGAACAAGUGCAGUGCUCUCACUUGCUGGUAAAACAUAAGGAUUCCAGACGACCCUCUUCUUGGAGAGAAGAAAACAUAACACGUUCCAAAGAGGAUGCACUAGACUUGGUAAAAUCUUACCGGGAACAAAUUGCUCAAGGAAAAACAUCAUUUGCUGAACUUGCUUCCAAAUAUUCUGAUUGUUCAUCAGCAAAGAGAGGUGGGGAUCUAGGACCUUUCGGUAAAGGCGCUAUGCAGAAACCUUUUGAAGAAGCUGCUUUUGCUCUGAAGGUUGGAGAGUUAUCUGAACCUGUAUUCACAGAUUCUGGAGUCCACAUAAUUUUACGCACAGUUUAACUCAAGUUGAUAAAUCUAUGUACUUCCUAAAUUACAAGAGCAAAUUUUGAUCUACAUUGCUAUACAUUUCUCUCAAGUUAUUGUUCAAGUGAGAAUUUGUCAAGAAGUUGAGAUGCAUUUAUUUAUUAUGAUUAUGAUAAGAUUGGUAAUUGUUAUUUUUUUUAUAGUAGAAAUGACAAAUUUGGCUUAUGAUAUUUAGUACAUUUUAAAUAAUGUAACUUGAUUAAGACUCCUAUUGAUUACCAUUUUAUAAGAAUCAUAGCACUAUUGUAGAUGGGUAAUUGUUUUUGUCCUAUAAUAAUCUCAGAUUAAAACGAUGUUCAAACAUU